AGACGUGGAUGGACCUAGAGACUGUCAUAGAAAAUGAAUGGUCUGGAACUGAACUUGCAAUAUCUCGAAGAUGUGCCUGCACAAGGAAAUCACGGACUCUUGUUUUUUUCAUGAUGAGAUAAAAAUAGACUACCUCAUCCUUCCUGUCUUUGUCUAGUUAAAGCCUUUAAGAUGCCUCAGUAACCCUCAGAACCAAGAAGUAAUGAUUGUCAACUCCCUGUGACCCAGUAUAUGUUGUGCAUAACUUCCCUGGAUAAUCAUUAGCUCUAGAGAAUUCACAGACUAACUAACUUGUGUAUGUGUUGAUGGCCUAAGUUGCCCCCGGAUUGCUGCAAUUAUCUGUAGAUAGAAGGAGGAACUUACCCUGAAAAAGGAUAGUCACCUCACUUGCUUUCAAUAUUAUUUCAACAUCAGGUUCAAGUUGCGAAAUGUCAGAAGGGGUGGUCAUUAUAACACAUGAUAAAAAGUUUGGACUUUAUCUGGACAGUAAUGAACUCAGUCAACAAUUUAUUUCUAAAUGAUUACCUUGGUAACUGAGUGGUAAAUGUAUUAAAAGAGAAUUUGAGAAAUGCUUAGAAGAAGAAUUCCUUCUUCUUGGAACCUGGUAACUUAGUGACUAAAUAAGGCAGAUAGGGUUAAGGGCAAGGAGGCACAGAAGUAUGAUGUCUAAGUGUUUGAAUAAGUAAACUGGGAUAGGUGGUUGAAAGACUCUGAGAGGAAUAAGUUUGGAGGCAGGAACACAGAAUUCAAUUGUGGUCAUGUUAAUUUAUCUAUGCUGUCUAUGAAAUACUGAGGUUAGUGUAUAUUUAGUAAUCAGCUGGAUAUUUAAGUUUGAACUCUGGGGGAAGUAAAGAUUUUUAAUGUGGUUAGGAAAUUAUUGAGAGAGAGAGAGAGAGGGAAUAAAUGGAAUAAGAGAAACUGUUGGGUGUGGAUGAGUCCUUGGAGAACAAUAAUACUUUAAUAGAAUAAAGAGGAAGAGAAUCCUAUGAUCAAUACUGAGAAAGAAGACUCAGAAAAGGCAGGAUGUGAUAACAGAAAGGUAGAAGAGAGCAAUGAAAGGGCUGACUAACAUUGCUGUUUAAUUUUAGCUACCCUUAAUUAAAACUUAAGUCCACCAAAAGAGCCAGUCUGCCUACAGAAGGAGACAGAGAGGGGAGGAGUGAGCAGGGCAGGGCAUUUGCUCAGAAGAGCAGGUAUAUUUUCAGACUCUAAGUUCUGGCUUUUUGAUGGAGUCAUGACUUUUUUCAGUCAUUCUUCUCUACCCACCCAUGGGCACCAUUCUAUCGUCCACGUCCCACCAGGGCCCAGGUACUCUGAAAAGAAGAGGGUCCUGGGAGAAGAGAAACAGAGACCCCUGGGGCUGUGAGCUGGAUAUAGAGCCUGUCCCACAAUUGGUUUGGGAGGUCCAGAUGUCCCAGCAAGCCCCACAGAAGGUAUGAGAGAAUGUGAUAUCUGAAAUGUGUAAUGCAGAAAGGGCCCUACAGAGAGCCAGGCUGAUAGAAUCUCUGCCAUAUUUUGAUGCUUGUAUCUCCCUACACAGUUACCAGGACUACUGAGUCAGAAGAAGAUUAUAGAGAACUCAUAGCAGCUCUUAAAUGCCCUAGACCAGAAGUGACUUGUGUCACUUCCACCUGCAGUUCCUUGUCCAAAAGUGGAAUUCAAUAGCCUCACCGUAACUACAGAAGAAGCUUGGACAUGAGAGAGACGUGCACAUGGAAUCUUUAGAGAAUUCUACUGUAUCUGAGGCACAAAGGGAUACUAAACUCGCUCAGUGUCCCAGAGCUGGUAACGGAUAAAAGCUAGACUGAAACCCAGGCUGCCCGGCCCCAGAGCCUGUCUUCUUGACCACAGUGCUGGUGUAACAGUUCCACACAGGAGAUCUACUGAGAUCCAGAGGGCACCUCGUGCACUGUUCCUCCUGUCCCCACUCUCUUCUCAGAAGUGAUCGCCUCUUCUGCUUGAGUAACAGGGUGUUUUGUACUUCAUAAUCUUUAGCUUACUAUGGCCAGUCAACUAGCCCUGCCUUCUUACUUGCUCCUCUCCAUAAAAUAAGAGUCUAUCCUGAGCAAGGAUUCACCAUGAAUGCAUCAGCCAGAAAGAGCAAGACCCACCCCUCAGAGGCCAGGCUUGCCCCUCCGCCCUAGCAGGGGUGUUCUAGCUGUCUCCAGCAGUCUUUGGUGGUGGCUUUGAGCAGAGGUAUUUUUCUCCCUGGUUCAGUGGAGGCUGGGAGGCAAAAGGUGCUGGGAAAAUUGCACCAGGAUACUAGACAUCCCCCAUCCCCUUACAACUCCCCAAAAUGGCUCUAGAAGAAAACGAACAGUACAAGCCACUACUUGUGACAAUCUGGACUUAUCCAAUGCAACAUCAAUGUCAACCCAGUGUCUACAUGGCUGGGCCAGGCACGCUGCAGACUGUACAUUGUGUGAACCUUUCAAAGAUCCCGUGGGACAAAUCUUAUUAACAACCACCCACUCCUCCACUUUUCAGAUGAGAAGACAAAAGUUAGAAGAGGUAAACGGCUUGCCAUGGGCCAUCUUAUAAGUGUCUGUGCCAGGAUUUAAGCUCAAGACUUUGGGAUACCAAAGACCCUGCAUCUUGCCAGUACACCACACUGUUUCUCUUAGAAGCCCACGUUAAUGAAAACAGCCAACAUUGAUUAUGCCAAGCACUGUGCUAUGUGAGUUUCAUGAAUUAUUUCAUCUGAUACUAACAAUGACAACAACAAAGAGCAACCACAGGAAAUAGGUGUCACUAUUGGCACUCCCAUCUCAUAGAUAAGGAAACUGAAGUGUAGAAAAAGGAGGUCCACGAAAGUCAAAGAGAGGGUAAGCGGCAGACCUGACGCUUAAACCCAAAUCUCUCUGCCUCGGAUCACAGGCUUUAACUACUAGGCAACGCUGCCACCUGGCUGUCAUUUAAACGAGAACAUUGGAGACCUGGGACUGGGAGAGGGGAGCAGGUUAGCUACAGAGAACUUGUGAAAGUGCUCCAUUUGGCUUUAUCUGUUCAUUCACAACGCAAGGCCUCCCUACAAUAAUUGGAGAUUACUUUAUAUAGUUUGUUUUUCUAACCGAUUUUCUCUCCAUGAGGGCUUGUGAUGGCUUUCUGACCCGUUAUACGUGAGCAUCUCCUCCCCCUUCUGAUUCAUUCAAUUCCUGCCAAGUUCUCCACCCCAGCUGUGGCCAGGGACCAAGUUCCGUUAUGUGCACAGAGAGAACUGAACUUCUGAUCAGAGAGAACUGAACCCGCAAAGUCCCCAUCCAAGACCUAACCCAAGUGUUUCCUAGACAAUACCAGCCAUCUCUUCUCAAGGCAGGUGGUGGCCUGAGAAUUCUGUGCCUGCUUCCUCAGGACUGCUCCACCAUGCAACGGCUGAUGAAGUUCCGGGUCCUCUGGGACAUCCACAAAUCCCGCUGUGGCUUCCACCCUGCCCUUCAGCGCCUGCGCUGCCAGUCUUUAUCGGGAGCUGGAGCCCCAAGAUGGAAUGACUAUGAUACACCUGAGGAAUUUAACUUUGCAAGUGAUGUACUGGACUACUGGACUCAAAUGGAGAAGGAAGGCAAGAGAGGUCCAAACCCAGCCCUGUGGUGGGUGAAUAACCAAGGGGAUGAAGUGAAGUGGAGUUUCAGAGAGAUGACAGACUUAACCCGUCGUGCAGCCAACGUCUUCACACAGAGCUGUGGCCUCCAGGAGGGAGACAAUCUAGCCUUGAUUCUGCCUCGAGUGCCUGAGUGGUGGCUGGUGAUCAUGGGCUGCAUCCGAACAGGGAUCGUCUUCAUGCCAGGGACCACCCAGAUGAAGGCCAAGGACAUUCUCUACCGACUACAAGUGUCUAAAGCCAAGGGCAUCGUGACCACAGAUACCCUUGCCCCAGAGGUGGAUUCUGUGGCCUCUGAGUGUCCUGCUCUGAAAACCAAGCUCCUGGUGUCUGACCACAGCCGUAAAGGGUGGCUGGACUUCCGAUCACUGAUUCAAUCAGAAUCCCCAGUUCACACCUGUAUUAAGUCAAAGACCCUGGACCCAAUGGCCAUCUUCUUCACCAGUGGGACCACAGGCUUCCCCAAGAUGGCAAAGCACAGCCAUGGACUUGCUCUGCGAUCCUUCUUCCCUUCAUGCAGGAAAUUACUGCAGCUGAAGACGUCUGAUGUCCUCUGGUGCCUGUCAGACACAGGCUGGGUUCUGGCUGUCCUGGGGUCCCUGCUUGAACCAUGGACAGCGGGGUCUACAGUCUUUGUCCAUCAUCUGCCCCAAUUUGACCCCAAGGUCAUUGUACAGACUUUAUUCAAAUACCCUAUUACCCAAUGCCUUGCUGCGCCCUCUGUAUUUCGAAUGAUUCUGCAGCAGAAUUCCACCAGCCUCAGGUUCCCCACCCUGGAGCACUGCUGUACUGGUGGGGAGGCCCUGCUGCCCGAGGAGCAAGAGCUGUGGAGAAGACAGACAGGCAUUCUGCUCUACCAGGCCUACGGACAGUCAGAGACGGGAACAACUUGUGGCACUCUCCGGGGGAUGAAGAUCAAGCCGGGUUCCAUGGGGAAGGCCAUCCCACCCUACGACAUUCAGAUCAUUGAUGACAAGGGCAACAUCCUGCCGCCCAACACUGAAGGAAACAUUGGCAUCAGGAUCAAGCCCACCAGACCCAUAGGCGUCUUCAUGUACUAUGAGAGUAACCCGGUGAAGACAGCCGAAGUGGAGUGUGGGGACUUUUACAACAGUGGGGACAGAGCAACUGUUGAUGCGCAGGGCUACUUCUGGUUCCUGGGGAGGGCCGAUGAUGUCAUCAAUGCCUCCGGGUACCGCAUUGGGCCGGCAGAAGUGGAGAACGCCCUGGCAGAGCACCCAGCGGUGGCUGAGUCCGCUGUGGUGAGCAGCCCCGACCCGAUCCGAGGGGAGGUAGUGAAGGCUUUCAUUGUCCUGACCCCAAAAUUCCUGUCCCAUGAUCGGGACCAGCUCACCAAGGAGCUGCAGCAGCAUGUGAAGUCAGUGACAGCCCCGUACAAGUACCCAAGGAAGGUGGAGUUUGUCUCAGAGCUGCCCAAAACCAUCACUGGCAAGAUAAAAAGAAGUGAACUCCGGAAGAAGGAGUUUGGUCAGAUGUAAUUGGCAGUAAACUCAGAAACCACUGUGUGAUGUUGGCCAAAUGCCUGGCGGCCUCAGUUUCCUCACGAUGGUGAGGGUGAGGAGAGGAACGCUGAGAGAGUUGACUUGAAAGAGAGCCAAGAGUGUCAACAUUCCAGCGUUUUUGUUCUUUUAAAUUAAUAUCAAUCACUAUCCUUCCUCCAAGUUCCCUGUUCCUUUCAGAUUGCCCAGCUGAGCGCUCAGAAUGGGGCUGAAGCAAAUUAAAUACUGACUCAGCAUCCACA